GGAAAGCAUAGAUCUUCUAUGCUCGAGGGAAAAUAUAGAAACUUUUCCCAUGAGAUUAAACGUAUCUGAAAAAUUACGUCUAAAUUCCAUCUUAAAAAUUGAUCAAGAAGAGGGGCUGCAUAUCUACAUAUGAGUAUCAGGACUCCUAGAAACCUUGUCCUUCAAAAAACCAGAAAUAUCGCGAUCUUCCUAUGAUUUCCCUCCUUAGUGCAGACCAGUGAUGGCCUUCUACUCUAAUUUCAAUUCCUUGUUAUCCAUUUCAGUUCCUUAUUCAGGUUUCUCUCUCUACAAAGAAUCAUUUCUCACUCCACAUCCAACUUUCUCUCUAUACAAAACCCCGUUUCUCUGCAACUCCAUUUCCACCUUCUACCUGCGUAACAUCUCUGUUGAUAAGACACCAGUUCUCUGUAAUUCACUUUCCCUUUUCAAUACCUCAAAAUGCUCUCUCAAAGAACGAUUUUAUAAACAAAAGCCUGAUAAAAGAGCAUAUGAGCUGAAUUCUGAGGUCUCUCCUCAUAGAGCAGUUUCAGCGGUGAGGUUGUUAAGGAUAGAGGAAGGGGGUGCUUUUGCAGACCAGUUGGGUUGGAGAGAGAAUGAGAUGGUGUAUGUUGAGAGAACUUUAGGGUUUCGUGUUCGCGAACUUGAUGAUAGGAACAUAAGACUGGUAACUGAAAUAGUUGGGGGUGCUGUUAGAUGGAGACGCUAUUUAGAUUUUUUGAUAGGUUCGCUGUGCAGCAAUGCUGAAACAUUUAGAGGGAUGGAACCUCUUCUUUUGCAGAUUCUUCGGAUCGGUGUGUAUGAGAUUGUCAAGCUGGAGAUGCCACCUUAUGCUGUUGUGGAUGAGAAUGUCACUCUGGCAAAGAAUGCUCUUAGGCCAGGUGCAGGGAAUUUUGUGAAUGCUAUUCUUCGCAAGCUACUUUCACAAAAGGAAAGAAAUUUACUUCCUGUACCUGAAAUUGAAGGUACCGAACGUACUCAAGCACGUGCUCUUGCAACUUUGUAUUCCCAUCCUGUUUGGAUGGUAAGGCGUUGGAUAAAUCACUUUGGAAAAGAAGAAGCUGUUAGGCUGAUGAAUUGGAAUAACAGUGAACCCAGUUUUAGCCUCAGAGCCAAUGGAAGGAAAGGCAUUACAAGGACUGACCUUGUUUUGCGACUUGAAACUUUGAAGGUGCCACAUGAGCCAUCUUUGCAUAUGGAUGACUUUGUCCAGGUCAAAACUGGUAUGCAGAUAGUGAUACAAAAAGGAUUACUAAAAGAUGGUCUUUGUGCUGUUCAGGAUGAGAGUGCAGGUUUGGUGGUUUCUGUUGUGGAUCCUAAACCAGGAGAAUCCAUUGUGGAUUGUUGUGCUGCACCUGGAGGGAAGGCUCUUUUCAUGGCAUCCUAUUUGCAAGGCCAAGGUAAGGUUAUUGCAAUCGAUAUAAACAAAGGCCGCUUGCAAGUUCUAUGGGAGGCCGCAAAGUUGCAAGAUGUUGAUGAUGUUAUCAGAACUGUUCAUGCAGAUUUGCGUGACUUUGCUUUUUUGAAUUUGAACAGGCUGAAAAUUCUCUCAAGGCUGAUAAAGUGCUGUUGGAUGCUCCAUGUUCUGGACUUGGGGUCCUCUCAAAGGGGGACCGUACCUUACCACUACUUCCUAAGAACAAUACCAUUCCAUACGCACCUGCCACCUCAGACGAAACGGUACAGUCCGGCAACCCACUGACGGAAGGCUUUAGUCAGCGACCCGACCAAUAGCCUGACAGUCCGAUUCUUCGACAACAAAAGUAUAAUCAGACCUCACCACAACAAAAAGCAUCAUAGACAUGACUACACCUCCAUAAGACGACAACAUACCACGAUAAAAAGAUUCUCUCCUCUUGGAUUUGACUCAGUGAUGCCAUAUCAGCCGCAUAGUACAGAUUCCUUUUGAAUACGUGUCACCACUUAUCCUUCACACGUAUGAGACCUUCACCAUCACUGCCACAACCCACCUACCACGUCCUUUUCCUUUGGGACCCUCAUGUCCCCUGAAUGACCCUUCGUCAGUCGAAUAUUCUACAGAACCAAUAUCUGCCAGUCACGUCGUACUCACUCAAGCCCUUCGUCAGUCGAAUCUUCUACGGAACUACUAUCAGUCAGCUACGUUGCAUUCCACUCAUCCUACACCGUCACUUCAUGACAGCUUCCUCCUGACAGUUGCCUUAUCUCCUCGAAGCCAAUCGCAUCGCUUCUUUCAUCACCAAGGCACCUCUUCCUCCAACUAUAAAUAACCUCUCCUACUUGAUGCAAAUCAGGCUUUCACAAGGAACUCCUUCAGAUCAAGAAGCUCAGCUCAGACUUCUCUCUCUCUUCUUUCUCUUACUCUCUUCUUUCUUUUGCUCUCUUGCUUUCUUUCUAUUUCGCUCUUAUGACAGUAGCUUAGUACUGUUUAAAACUCUGUAAAGUACCACAUCUCAAGUCGGUAACCUCUGCUACUCUUUGCUUUAUCUUCAUAUAUGUGUGAUUGUAAUUUGUCUACUCUGCCUUCUUACUGUCCUCACGAAUGACAGUCAUUUUCUAGCCUAUGUAUUUGUAAUAAUCCGUAAGUGUGUAAUUUCUUCAAUCAAUAUAUAUGUGAUUAUUAUGUUUAUCAGAAAUGCGAUUUAAGAUAGUAUUUAGCAUCAAAAUUCGUAAUUAUACUCAUACUUCUUGGAUAGUUAUAGACAUAUCCAUUAUUGCUGCCAUCUUUAUCAUCAUAGCAUUCUUAUACUAUGUCAGUAUAUUACAACAAGUAAUAGCUUACCAUAGUUUAAUCUUUCAGUUCUUAAGAUAAUAAAUGCCGCAAGAUCACCCUCUCUAGCACUAUCUUAACUUAUCUUAAGAACUGGAAGAUUAAACUAUGGUAAGUUAUUACUUGUUGUAAUAUACUGACAUAGUAUAAGAAUGCUAUGAUGUUAAAGAUGGCCGCAAUAAUGUAUAUGUCUAUAACUAUCCAAGUAUGAGUAUAAUUACGAAUUUUGAUGCUAAAUACUAUCUUAAAUUGCAUUUCUGAGAAACAUAAUAAUCACAUAUAUAUUGAUUUAGUGGAUAAAAGUGCACAAUAGAAACAGAACCGGUUUCCAUGAGAAUGGAUUCUUACCAUUCUCGAGUCUUAACUCCAUGUGAUGGAUUUAAGUGGUUUACAAAGUAAAGGGGAGCAAGUUUAUUUGGGUCAAUUUGCACAUGAUUGUCAGAAAUGGGUAUAUCAGACAAGAAUGUUGUUUCAAUAUAAACGAAUUUAGUAGUAGUGGAGGUUUGCUUAUUUGGGUAUGUUGCCGGUGAGAAUGCCGGACUUGGAGUUUGUAUUGGACUUGGAGGAGAAGUUUGUAUAAAAUAUUCAGGUAGGUUUGUGGAUUUGAGAGGUGACAUAGGUGUCAGAGUCAACGAGGGAUAGCUGGGCAUAAGAGGCCCAGGCAUAUUACAAGGUACUAAGUCCAUGGGUUGUUUCCCUCUAGAUUUAUUUGGAGGAUUAUUCAUAUUGAUAUUUUUAUUAGCAAGAAAUAAUUGCAAACCGUAUGGAAUGGUAUCGUUCUCAGGAAGUAGUGGUAAGGUACGGUCCCCUUGCAAAAAUUCACGGGUAAGAAAGUCAGGUAAAGAAUUAGCAGAACCGUGAAGAUGCUC